AUGCGUCCACCAUCUGUGGUUGUAUUGACGGCAGGCCUGGCCGGGCUCGCCACUGGGCAGUCUGUGAAUCCUGCCACCGGUUUUGUGGGCAAGGGCAUCACCAUGUUUCGUCCUACCUGCGCCUCAGCAUGCAGGGACAGCCUUUCGACGUACCGACUCAACUGCUCGACUGUUAUUCACGACAUGCAGGGAUCGGCCACAAGACACGACACGAGUUCUCGAACGCCGAGCGCGAACAAGAGAGCACUCAACAAUGGUUCAGUCAUGUUCGUGACUUCGCCGUCCUGCUACGCCACCGACACGGCAUAUCUACAGAGUGUGGCGUACUGCAUCAACACGCGCUGCCCGCUCGACGACAGCAUCACUCGAGCGGUACUUGAGGACUGCUGGUAUACAUAUCUGGUUGGCCGGGACGCAGCGCAGCCAGAGCCCGCGGUUUCGUACAGCGGCGCGUUGUCCCACACAGCUGCUGACUCGCAGUGGUCAGUCAUUGGCGAGGACGACAUACUCGACCGGACCACACUAUCCACAGAUGAUGUAUACCUCGCCAAAUACAACGCGGAGCAUUACUUUGAGUUGUCUGAGGAGAGACACGUGGACUUUGGCCUCGUCCUGUUCAUCGCUGGCCUUCCCAUCGCCAACGUCUUCCUCAUGCCGACCCGCGGCCAGGCCAUCUUCAUCCUGUACCUCUUCGCCCUCAACACGGUCCUCUGCGCCGUCGGCUACACCACGACCCCUCGUUCAGACGCCAGCAGCACCACCACCAGCAACAACAACGCCUGGUUCCCGACCCCUUCCACCGAGCUGCUCUCCUACAUCGCCAACCGCACAGGAAUACUGUGCUUCGCCAACAUGCCCCUAAUCAUCAUCUACAUGACAGGUCAGGCAGCACAAUCCAGUCUUAGUGAUCGGCACACCCCUUCUUCCGAACCCCCGCGAGUUGGUUGCAGGCCCGUCCCAAGCCUGCGAAAGUGGUGUCUCGGAAGCUGGCAUUAG